AUGCCAUCUGAUUUCAUUACGGCGCUAACCCCCUGGCCCAAGGGCUUUAGCCAAGGUAUCACACCCGUCCAGCGCCAUUCACAUAACGACUACUGGCGCAGUGUCCCACUGUUUGAUGCGCUCACCGCUGGUGCCACGGAACCUCGUCCCUCGUCCUUAUCAGCCGACCGCUCGCUACAGUCUCUCUAUAUCAAGUCCCUGACCACGAUCCUUACCCAGAUAAAUCAGGGCGCCAACUUUCCCGUCCCCAGGUCCGGAGUUUUCGAGACCCUUCCCAAUGCCAGCCGGACACUCCUGAUUAUUGUCAAAUCCGUCGGGCAUACUCCUUGGCCCGUGGUGAUGGAUCAACUGGCCCCCUUGCGUGCCAGUGGCUGGCUAUUAUAUUGGAAUAGGACUGGCGGCGGGCUGGCCUGGCGGCCGAUCACAGUAGUAGGCACCGGGCAUACCCUAUUCGAGCUAGUCAAUGCCGACGCCGAAUACCGGGACCGCAUCGUUAAGGAAGGCAGCUGGAAUCGUCUGGCCAAGCAGACCUCAGAAAGAGACUAUGAAGAGGAUGAUCGAUACGGCCGCGGCAAGGGGAUUGGUGUCACGAUUCUGGGGUAUACUCGGGUGGCCGGCGGAUCUACGGAUAAAGCUCUGGCGAUUCUUGGUGGAGAGUGGGAUUGGGACACUGAAUGUGGAUGA